AUGACCCCAGACAAGGUGAUGUGUAGGGCAUUCCCAAGAACAUUAAAAGCAGCAGCCAGGGCAGAAGGAGAAUCACUAAGACAAUACGUCACCCGAGUCAACAAAGAGCUGCUGCAGGUAGAUGAAGCUAAAGAUCAAGUCAUCUUAACAACCUUCCAAGCAGGGUUGCUGCCAGGAGAUUUCUUCUUCUCAAUCACUAAAAGUCCACCAAAAAUAGUUGCAGAGUUGCUCCAUAAAGCUCAGAAGUACAUGAAUGCAGAAGAUGCAGUGCUCGCAAAAGAAAUGAAAGGAAAAAGGAAGAGAAACGAAGGAACAAGUAGCAAUCGCGAUAAAAAGAAGGAGACUCAAAAUGUUGGGCAGACUACAAGAAAAAAGAAGGAACUUCCAGAUAAGAAACCCAAAUUCACUAACUUCCCUCCUCUAAUAAUGCCAAUUGAGCAGUUACAAAAGUACGUCGGAAAGACGGAGCCCCACAAAUUCCAACGGAAGGACGACCAAGAUAGAACUUUGGAGGUAAGGGAUAGCAAAUCCCCUUUAGGAGAAAUAAAGACGAUCUCAGGAGGACUAAUGGCAAGCAGAACGCUGAAGUCCCAGAAAAAAGCACAUGGGAGAGAAAUAAACAGUGUCCAUUCGUGGCUCCCUCCAAUGAAGAUGCCAAAUAAUGACAAGCCUAAUAUUGUCUUCUCAGAGAGAGAUAGUCACGGUCUCAGGCAACCCCAUGACAAUCUGCUAGUAAUCAUGCUCGGAGUAGAAGAAUUCAACAUCCACCGGGUGCUCAUUGAUAAUGGAAGCUCAACAGAUGUCAUCUACUUACCUGCAUUUCAGUAG